AUGGCUGAACACCCUUCAUUCACUCUUGCCGCCCUUCUGCCUGCAGGGGGUAUCGCUGGGUACCUGAAGACCCGCUCAGCGCCUUCUUUGAUCGCGGGUGUCGGGCUCGGAAUCUCGUACGCAUACUCUGGGUAUCUGAUUAAAGAGAACCGUGACUACGGCACCGAGCUUGCUUUGGGAAACAGCGUACUUCUUCUCGGUUCUGCAAUUCCCAGGAUUAUUAAAACCGGGGCUAAGGCCCCUGUGCCUUUGGCGCUCGGCGCCACUGGCUUGUUGGCAUCGUACUACUACCAGAAGAAGGUUAGAGAAUUCCGAUAUGGGGUCUAG